AUGGUUGAUAGGAUUCUUGAACAAGAGGAAGCUAUUCGGAGAACUUUGAGUUCAGAUUGGGAAACAUCUCACUUAGUGCCAACAUGGCAAGACAUUGACGUUCUUCAGGCAAUACACACAGUUCUCUCUCCUCUUUCAAGCCUCACAGAUAUUCUAUCAGCAGACUCAUAUGUUACUGUAUCAGCAGUCAUUCCUUUCCUACACCUCAUUGACAAAAAAUUUCUAAAAAAAGAGUCAAUAGAUACACAGCUAACACAUGAUAUUAAGAAGCAUAUCAGGGAUGAUCUCAAUGAACGUUACAGUAAUAGGGGGAAAGAUAUCAAGGUAAUACUUAAGACUGCAAUGUUUCUCGAUCCACAGUUUAAGACCAAGUAUUUGAAUGAGCAGGAAAAUGAAAUUGAAGAUAUGAAGUUGUUUAUAACAGAUAAUUCCCCUGACAUCGAGGUAGCAUCACAAUCGCAGAGUGAAAAUUCUUGUGAUCAACCACCUGCACAGAGAAGAUGCAUUGGUAGUUUGUUUAAGGAUAAUGAAGAAACUGAUGUCAUGCCUGAGAUAUCAAAGGAACAAUACAUUAAUAAUGAAUUGGAUAGAUAUAUUAGCUCACCUAAGUUGGACUUUGAGGAGGACCCACUAAGUUAUUGGAAGGAUGUGCACAAAACUUACCCCUAUCUCUCAAACCUUGUUAAAAGGAGUACUAACAUCUACACUGAGGAAGACACAUUUCAAUUUGAUGACUCUAUGGUUCAGGACUAUUUUGACCCAGUAUUGGAUGUGGCAUUAUAUGAGUUAUCAGCAACAGAAAUUUAUGAUAACAGCAAUGAGCAGCUGUCAAUUGACAAAUAA